AUGACAAUCGAUUUUGUGCCUGCUGCAAAGCAGAAAGAGCUGAAGCAUGCAUUAACUACAAUGAGAUCUACAGUUAUUAUUGUAAAUGGGCCAGUAGGAUGCUCAAAGACACACUCAAUACAUACAAUUGCUCGUGAUAUAGGAUUGGCUGUUCAGUACAUAGAAAGUAUAGAGGAGCACUCAGAUGCUUUUAUCACAAACAACACGGUUUAUCUCAUAGACAUUGACUGCCAUAAACAACUCAUUAUGUGGAUGCCAAGACUCUGUAAGAUGACUCGACUGAUAAUCGAGACACGGACACUGCAAUUUGCAGGUAAAUUUAUUCCUGGAUCAAUCACAGUGAACUUCAACAAAGUCAGAGACUCACAGAUAAGAAAAACAUAUCACCUGACACACGAACAAUCAGUCCAUGUAGAUGGCAAUCUCCAUCUCGCUGCCAUUAAUAAAUUCCUCUUGCCAACUGAUGUAAGACCUAUUUCUGUAUUCCAUCAGUUAGGGAGACUUUUGCAUUCAAAAUCCACAGAUGUAAAUGAGAUCUGUACGAGCAUAAGUACUUACGGACAGUAUCGGUUCUGUGGGUAUUUGUUAGAAAACUAUGCAUUAUUCAUGGAUAUCAGCCAGAUUGGAAGAUUGUCUGAAGGAUUCAGCAUCUGGGACACAGCAAGCAGCAUCUUUUUUGAGUAUCUUGUAUGGACAACGGUAGAUUCACAAAAGACAAGCCCAAAGCGAUUUAUCAGCUUCAAGUCUUUUCAUCAUUCAGACAGCCAUCAUACUUGCACAUCACUAUGUAAUAACAGAUGA